AUGUGUCUCUUUUGCCACACUUUCUGCUCAAGCCCAUGGGCUUUUUGCCUAGUCGACCCUGUUGAAAAGAAGCAAGUGACAGCUUACGUAGAUCUCCUGCCAGGGAGGCCGGCUGCGUCAAUGGCGUCUUCCCACUUUCCACAAAUCCCUAAAAGCUCUUCGUUUUCUCCCAGUUCUGCCAGUCUUUUCUUCUCUCCUGCCCUCCCUUCUUGCCUCUUCCUCUUCUCGUUCUCGAUUAAUUUACAUCCAUACCCGCCGGACUGUACUUUCCUACAGUACUUCCGUUCUCCCUUCCCCUUCAAUCGCCCCAACUUCCUCUCGGACAGCAAUUGUGCCCAUCCACAUGUCUAUCUACCCACUCAUACAAGCGCCUCAGUCUCCCAUCUAUGCAUUUAUCCACCGAGUCCCGUGUGUCUGUCCCUCCGGCACACUUACAUUUCGUAG